AGCAGAGCGGAGCCUGAACUCGGUCAGUCCGCUUUAGACAGCUCUCUACCUUAAAGACGUGUUUAGGAACCAGCACUCUGAGGACUACAGUCUCUUUUCAGCUCUUGCACGCAGUGGAGGAGUAAACUUUUUUCCUUUUUCUCUCUCUUUCAAAUGGGAAUUACAUGCGCGCGUGAAACUUUGGCUCACUUUUCCCUGCAGUGAUUGUCAGUCAGACCGCUCCAAACAUGCCGGAGCGAAUAAGCAUUUCGGACUUCGUGGUCCUGACAAACGAGGACUUAACUUCGCCGGGAACUUCAAUUUUUCAGUCCAAAAUGAGCGACUGUCGGAACACAGUUACCACCGUGGAGGAGUCUCUGGAGAUGGACCACACAACUCUCCAGAGGAUGAAGAAGAUGAUCAAAGCUAUUCACACCUCUGGACUCUCCCAUGUAGACAACAAGGAGCAGUAUGUUGAGGUGCUGGAGAACCUUGGGAACAGUCACCUGACUCAGGACAACAACGAAGUCUCCACAGGUUUCCUCAACCUGGCUGUGUUCACCAGAGAGGUCACGGCCCUCUUCAAAAACCUGGUGCAGAACCUCAACAACAUCAUGGCGUUUCCUUUGGAAAAUGUGCUGAAGUCAGAACUCCGGGACAGCAGACUAGAGCUCAAAAAACAGAUGGAGAAGAGUUGGAAGGAGUACGACAUAAAAAUAGGGAAGCUAGAGAAGGAGAGGAAGGAGAAAACCAAGCAGCUGGGUCUGAUCAGGACGGAGGGAUCGGACGGAGGGGAGGACAUGGAAAGAGAAAGAAGGAACUUUCAGCUGCAGAUGUGUGAGUAUCUUUUGAAGAUCCAGGAGCUGAAGGUGCGUCAGGGUCCUGAUCUUCUCCAGAGCCUCAUCAAAUAUUUCCAGGCCCAGCUCAGUUUCUUUCAGGAUGGACUGAAAGCUGCAGAGAAUCUUGCUCCCUUUAUCGAGAAACUUGCUGCGUCUGUUCACACGGUACGUACGGACCAGGAUGAGGAGGUAAAACAACUCACUCAGCUGAGGGAUUCUCUCAGACUGUUUCUGCAAAUGGAGGGGAAAGAGGAGUACCUCAACAGGAAGAACUCUGGCAACGGGUAUAGCAUCCACCAACCGCAGGGCAACAAGAAGUAUGGGACAGAGAAAUCCGGCUUCCUGCUCAAGAAGAGUGAUGGGAUCAGGAAGGUUUGGCAGAAGAGGAAGUGUGGAGUGAAAUUUGGCUGCCUGACCAUUUCCCACAGCACGAUCAAUCGACCGCCGGCCAAGUUGAACCUGCUGACCUGUCAGGUGCGACCGAACCCAGAGGACAGGAGGACCUUUGACCUGGUCACUCAUAAUCGAACAUACCAUUUCCAGGCAGAAGACGAGCAGGAAUGUAUGAUUUGGGUGUCAGUGCUGCAGAACAGCAAGGAGGAAGCCCUGAACACAGCCUUGAUAGGAGACCAGCUCCAGGUCCAGGACAGUGGGCUCCAGGAACUCUCCCGAUCCAUCAUCGCCGAGCUCAGAAACAUGCCCGGCAACGAGGCCUGCGCCGACUGUGGAGCACCAGAUCCAACUUGGCUGUCGACCAAUCUGGGCAUCCUGACCUGUAUAGAGUGCUCUGGCAUCCACAGAGAGCUGGGUGUCCACUACUCCAGGAUUCAGUCCCUCACCCUGGACCUGCUGAGCACCUCUGAGCUUCUGUUGGCUGUCAGCAUCGGCAACACCAGAUUCAAUGACAUCAUGGAGGCGGGCCUUCCCAACGACUCUGUUAAACCAUUGCCACAAAGUGACAUGAAUGCCAGGAAGGAGUACAUCGUGGCGAAGUACGCUGAGCGCCGGUACGUCCUGCGGAGAGAAGAAGCAGAUCCGAGUCGCCUGCACGACUCAGUGAGGAGUCGUGACCUCACGUCUCUCCUACAGCUCUACGCCGAGGGAGCGGACCUUUCCAAACCGCUCACACUGCCUGAUGGACAGGGGAUCAAAGAGACAGCUCUCCAUCUUGCUGUGCGUCUGGAGGAAAGAAGCUCCCUAGCACUGGUGGACUUCCUCUGCCAGAACAGCAACUGUCUGGAGAAGAGAACAGCAGAAGGAAACACAGCUCUUCACUACAGCGUCCUGCACCACAAGACAGAAUCUCUCAAGUUACUGCUCAAAGCAAAGGCAGCCCUUCACACAGUGAACUCUGCAGGAGAGACAGCCCUGGAUGUUGCUCGGAGGCUGCAGCACAUUCAGUGUGUCGAGCUGUUGGAGCUGGCCCAGAGUGGGAAGUUCAACUCUCAGAUCCACGUGGAGUUCACAUGGGAGACGCAGUCGCAGGAGUUUUAUGACAGCGAGGAUGACCUGGAUGAGAGGGUGAGCCCAUUACCCAAGAACCGUUCUCCUCCGUCUUCUAAUGGAGGUAGUGCUAGUGCCUUUGCCCGCUGGAGUGUUGGUAAUGGUGCCAAUGGGAAUGCAGGAAGCCGGCCUUGUCAGACAUAUGAGAAUCUAGACUUUCUGUACAGAAAUCCUCCAGCCAACAGCGCCCCUUCUGGAGCAUCAAUGCCACCACCGCUGCCAGCUAAAUCCAUCCAGCGAGGUCGCUCAGACCCCCAAAUUUCAGUGACUACCCAGGAAACCAAUCCCAUUCCACGACGCUGCUCUAACCCGGCCUCCCACUCCACCAGCCCCCAGACACGGGCCAGGAACAGGAACUCUUCACCCAGCACGGAAAACCAAGGCCAAGGAGGGAGACCACCAAGGUCUCCCCACGGACAGGGAGUCCUGCUCAGGGGGCCGAAGCAGUCCUGGGAUGGUCAACCUGGUGCUGGUUCUGGGUCUCAGGGCAGCAUCACACCAACAUCCUCUCAGAGUCACAUAGGGCCCGUCAGUUCAGAGAAAACCACGUCGUACCGACGGACCAGCAGCGGAGGAGGCAGCCAGGCGAAGUGUGGGGUGUUGUCUCCGAGCUGUGUGGGCAGCCAGGAGGAGCUGUACUGCAGUUUAGUGACCAAUAAUCCGAGCCUCAGCCCAGCUCCGGCUCCAGCAGCGCCACCCUCACCUGCCAUCAGCUGUGUCCCACGACCCCGCAGGAAUGCUAUGGUUUCUGGCAGCAGGCCUCAUCAGAAGCGUGUCAAGGCUCUAGUGGACUGCAGAGCGGUCAGUUUAGAACAGCUCGCCUUUUUCAAAGAUGAGAUCAUUGUGGCCACGGCCACUAAUGACCCCCACUGGUGGGUUGGUCACAUAGAAGGGGACCCAUCCAGGAGUGGGACCUUUCCUGUCAACUAUGUCCACAAACUAACAGACUGAAGGGACAUGGACAUGUGAGAAGACUCUAUGGUAACACAGGAGGACCUGAACCAGCAUUGGUCGCCUACUGGAAACUUCUCUUCAUCCUGCAGUGGAUUUUACCUUCAGGAGAGGACAGAGUUAUUACUCCUGGAUCUGACUCAAACUGGAGAAUAUUUCCACAUGAGGAUAUUCUAGCCAAAAGAUGCCUGAGGAAAUAAAUGGCACUGUUUUAUGGAUUCAUACCUUUUAACAUGUACUCAUUCUGGAAACCAACCAGGGAACCGGAGGCUUUCAGAGCCUCAUAAACUCUUAUUCCAAGGACAAUAUUUUCCUUCUGUUGGUUGUUGUUUUUUUCUAACUGCAGUGGUCUAAAACCAUCAUCUAUUAAUAGGUACGGAUGCAUUCAUGGUUGGGGAACAAACUGUUAGAAUUUAACUAUUAAUGACACAUUAUAUUGCAGAUGUUAAAGUUGUCUAUUCUGGCUAGGAUUUGUACCUGCAGGGCAAAACCCUUCAAGGCACUUUAAACCCACUGAGUAGAAAUCUUCUAAAGGGUUGUCAGAGCUGUAAAUGUGUACCAGCACGCUGCUGUAUAUAGGGCACUGCUCAGUCUUUUCAAUCACAGUAUACUGAGACUUCUGGAUUUGAGGUUAAAACCUGUCCAGUGUCUCCUGCAGGACUCUAAAAGGGGCUUUGUGCCUGCCAGUCUGUCUCCAACCAAACGGCAGGCGUCUGGGCAGAGAUCUGAAACUUUAGCUCAGCCAUCUAGACUCUGGGCACAGCUCCGGAGGAUCCAGUUUCUCCUGGCUCCAGGCAUCUGUCUCUGGAGAACCUGGAAUAACGACAGUGUGUUAUAAAAAAGAAAAGACUCUCCGUUCUAGCAGGAAAUGGCACUUAAAGAGAGCUUGUUAGUAACAGCACCCUGCUGCAGUGAUUUGUUCAGUGAACACACACAUUUACCUUGGGGACGAGAUAUACACACAAGCACACUUGCACUUACUGUACACACACAGUAGCUUUCAAGAUUUAGGAACCUUAAGGGAAGAAUGAGGAGCAACUGCUCCACUUUUAUAUUUGUAACAAAUAUUCAAAUGUAACACAUUUCACAGCGAUUACACACAAUUUGUUGUACAUAAUUGUCUAAACAUGUCCACUGAUGUACAGUAUAUAUAUCACUUGUUUUCUCAUCUUCCAUGCAUUAUAAAGGAUUGUAUCAUGACA